UUUUCUCUGUAAUAAAUUGUGGAGUUUACGAACAGCUUUAGCUCUUCCCUCUCUCUCUCUUUGUUCGUGGGUUUCAGGUUCCAUGGAUUACCAGAAAUGGACUUCUUCGGAGAUGGAGACUCUGAAUCAGAAAUCUUAAGCAUCGAUUGAUUAAAUGAGUCAGAGCUUGAAUGAUUUAGGAACAUUCGCCACACUUCAAGAUCCUAAAAUGACACCAAGAACAAGUAGAGGUCCCAGAGCUCAGAAGUCCAGAACUUCUUCUAAUGAGGGGCCAAAUUGGGUUCUAAUUGCUGGUGGUGCAUUGUUAAGUACCCUAUCAAUUCGUCUUGGUUACAAGCUGAAACAAGCCUUUGACACUAGGCAGCUGAAGGAUAGUGGCAGUUCUUUGAAAGGAAAUGUUAAAUCUUCAGACAGAAGAAAGGCUGCUGGAUGUCGUUGCUCAAAUGUAUAUUCAUUUACACGAGAUGAUGAAUGUUGCUUCAACUGUGUGCCAGGGACUCAGUGUACAACGGAUGUGAAGUGCCCGCCUAGCGAUCAAAUGGUGGUUGCAUCUGAGAGCGCUCUGCCUUUGAUGAUGGUCCCUGCUUCAGAGUUUAACAAGGAGAAUGGUGUUAUUUGGGCAUCAUCUCCUGACCGGCUCGAGCUGCCUGCAAAACAAUUCCACCAUUCGAACUGCUCAGAUUCACCUUGUGUCUCGGAUUCUGGUUCUGAUAUCUUCAGCAAGCGUGAAGUGAUUCACAAGUUGAGGCACCAACUGAAAAGAAGAGAUGAUAUGAUACUGGAAAUGCAAGACCAAAUUGUUCACUUGCAAAACUCUCUUAAUGCUCAGGUAGCCCAUUCCACCCAUUUGCAGUCACAGCUUGAUGCUGCAAACCAAGACUUGUUUGAUUCAGAGAGAGAGAUUCAGAGGCUGAGGAAAGCAAUUGCAGAUCACUGUUUGGGGAGCGCAGGCCCCAACGAUAAGUCACCAUCAACAGUAAGAAGUUGGCCAAGCGAAACGAGAAAUGGUCAUGCAAAUGGUUAUAUGGAUAUUAAUUGCAAUUUCGAGGUACCCGAGAAAGUAAGAGAUGGGGAGAGGAUUGAGAUGUUGAAGAAGGAGGUAGGGGACCUAAGGGAGGUGAUAGAAGGAAAAGAAUAUUUAUUGCAAAGCUACAAGGAGCAGAAGACAGAACUUUCUUUGAAGAUCAAGGAAUUGCAACAGAGACUAGACUGUCAACUGCCUAAUAUUUUGUAGGAUCUUUUUAGAUUUUGUGUAUUCUUUGGUUGUCCCAUUUUCAAAUUAAGAUCUCAAUUCUUAUUGAGCAUCAUCUUCCUUCCCUCUCCCUUUUCCAAUUCUUGUUUUUGGUUGGUUUGGUUGGUUAGUUAUAGGUCAGAUGUUUGUUGCAUAUUAUGUUUGCAUUUUCAAGUAACCAAUGAGGAUAUUUGGGUGUCUGCCAAUGCGAUGAUUAUAUCUCAAUCUCACUACGUGUUUUAAGAAAUUCUAAUUGA